AUGUCAGAGCCUGGUGGGGAUGACGCUGCUCGGCUUUUGGCCGAGGAGGCGUCUAUGAAGCAGGCCGCCAAGUGGGAGGCCAUGCUGGCGUCUGGCAACCUUGAUCGAGUGCCGACGCCGACCAAGGUGCUCUCCCGCCGCGAGUCCGAAGCGGUGAGUGGGGACGCCGCCGGCGAGAUGUCGGACGAGAACGAGGCGAUGGUGCUGCAGACAGACAUGAUGAUGGCGCAGUGGGCGGCGGUUGCUGCUGGACUUGUCGAGCCUGAGCAGGUCCUGCCGUCGGAAGAAGACGGCGAGGGCAAGGCUGCCGCGGCAGACGAGGCGCACUCGCCGCCGUUGGAGGCCGGAGGCCCGACGUCUUCGCCAGUUCCCGAGGCCAACUCUUCGUCGGCUUCUUCGUCACCUGAGCUCUCUGAUGACGACGACGCUGCCGCGAGCAGCAACAGCGAAAUGGACGUGCAGCUCUCAAUCGAGAUCGAGAUGCCCACGCCGCAGGGCCCGACGCCACGGUCGAACUCGGCCGGCUUUGACGGCGAGCCGGCGCCAAGCCCGCUCAAGCCGGCUUCGCGGCCGAUCCGGAUUGCCAAAAGCACCGAGCGCAAGGACAACGACAACGAUGCGGAGCGGCGUGCGCUGCGGCAUGCUGGUGCCGAGUGCGUGCCUCCGGUGGCGUCUGGCUCCGAAAUGCAGCGCAAGCUGGCGCGCCAUGCUGCGCGGCGGAUGGAGCAGUCGCGGCUGCGGCGUCGGGCGCGGGCCGAGGCGUUUGUUCUCGUCCGCGAGGAGAUCAUGUCACAGUCCGGCGUGGUCAAGCUGCCCAAGCCCAAGCCGCUGCUGAGCUCGAUGGAGCGUGCGCAGUGCCGACAGGCGGCAGCUCGGUCGACCGGCGUCCGGCCCGAGGCCAUUGACUUUGCCCGCUCAUACGACGAGCAGGUAGAGGCGCAGCGUGCAUCGUCCAGCAAGGCCCAACGUCACGCAGAGCGGCGGGCAGAUCAGUCUCGCGCUCGCAGCAAAGCGCGAGCCGAGGCAUUGGAGGCUGUCCGUGCCGAGGCGCUCGACGAUGGUGGCGUGCAGGCCGAUGCCGGCGCCGAACCCGGGUUGCACCCGCGACUCGAGUCCGAGGCGCGCGCAGCAGCGCGGUCGCGGUUCGCGCGCCACGUCGCGCCGCGCGCGCCGGCCGAGUCGUCCGGAAGUCAUGCGCCGCACGAGCGGUCGUCAAUUCUGGAAGAGAUGUCGACGUCGCGCGACCGAUCGUGGAUUCCCGAGGACUUGCGCGGCAAGCCGGUGUCGGAAAUGACGCCGAAAGAAAAGCACCGGUACAAGAAGGCCAAGCUUCAUGCGAUGACGCCCGAGGAGCGGGCGCUGGUGCAUGCCGAGCACAAGCGCCGCAAGGCGCUGCGGGCGGCAGCCGCCGAGGCCGCCGCCGCCGAAGACUCGGAUCCCGGCGCCAACUCGGCCAUGUCUGCGCCUGCUGCUCUCAUUGUGCCCGACGCCACCAAGGAUCGGUCGUGGAUUCCGCUCGACUUGCGCGACAAGCCCAAGUCCCAAUUUACCCGCGAUGACAAAAAGCGGUACAACAAGGCCAAGCGCGCGUUCCUCGGCGAGGCCGAGUACAAGCGCCUGCGGGCGGUCAAGGCUACCGGUGAAUCGGGCGGUGUGCUCUCAAUGUCGCCGCGCGUCCUGCCGCCGUCGCCGACCAAGCCGGACCUACCCGCGUCAUCCGACCCCAAAGCCGACCCCAAAGCCGACCGCUCGUGGGUGCCUGCCGACCUGCGGACCAAGCCCAAGUCAGAGUUUACUCGCGAGGACAAGAAGCGAUACAACAGGGCCAAGCGCGACUACUUUGGUCAAGAGGUGUACAACGAGAUGCGCCAGGCGGCCAAGACGUCGAACGAGUCCGGCAGCGCGGCCACCGCCGUCGCCGCCGCCGACCCUGCGCGCCCGCCGAGCUCGCCUAAGCGCCCGCUGCCGGAGCUGCCCACCUCUAUGUCCGGUCCGGUCAUCGUGCACGCGCCGUCGCCGGGCAAAGAGAAGUCUUCGUUCCCGGCCGACGGCGGGAAGGACCGGUCGUGGGUGCCUGCCGACCUGCGCGAGAAGCCCAAGGCCGAGUACACCCGCGAGGACAAGAAGCGGUACAACAAGGCCAAGCGCGCGUUUCUUGGUGCCGAGGCAUACCAGGCAGCCAAGGCCAAGGCACGCGGCAAGGCUGAAGAGCCGUCUGCGGCAAUGCCGUCCGCUAGCGAGCCGACACCGCCGGUGACUGCCUCCGAGCACGCUGACGACAAGUCGUGGCUCCCGGAGAAUCUGCGGCUCAAGCCCAAGGCUGAGUACACUCGCGAGGACAAGAAGCGGUACAACAAGGCCAAGCGCGCAUACAUGGGCACCGAGGCAUACCUCGCGCUCAAGGAGCGCAAGCGCCGCCCCGGCGCGCCCCGCUCGACCGACGACGGCAAACUGGCCCUGCCUGACUCGGCACCGCUCUCGCCGUCGCACUCGCCGCGGUUUGGUGCAAAUACCUCGAGCGACCCGUGGGUUCCUGACGGCCUUCGCAACCGGCCGCGCACUUCGCUCUCCCGUGAGGAGAGAAAGGCGUACAACGAGGCGAAGCGCAAGCAUCUCGGCGACGAGGCAUUUGCCAAGAUUAUGGAACUGCGCUCCAACUCUCGCCAGUCGUCGCGCCAGUCAUCGCGCCAGUCGUCGCUCGAGUCGGACCUCGGCCUCGCUGCCACUGGCAUGGAGAACAAGACGCCGCCAGCAGCAGCACCAAAGAGUGUCGAGAACGAGAAGGGCAAGGACGAUGGUGACGACCACGACCGCUCGUGGGUGCCUGCCGAUCUGCAAGGCAAGCCCAAGUCCGAGUUUACCCGUGCCGACAAGAAGCGGUACGCCAAGGCUAAGCGCGACUUUCUGGGCAAGGACGAGUACGAGCGCCGGCUGCGCGAGCGGCGGUCGCGCAAGGAGGAGGCGGCGGACGAGAGCGAAGCUGGAACCACGGCCGAGCCUAGUGGACCGGCGACCGAUGCUGCUGAUGACGACGACCGCUCGUGGGUGCCUGUCGAUCUGCAAGGCAAGCCCAAGUCCGAGUUUACCCGUGCCGACAAGAAGCGGUACGCCAAGGCCAAGCGCGACUUUCUGGGCAAGGACGAGUACGAGCGCCGGCUGCGCGAGCGGCGGUCGCGCAAGGAGGAGGCGGCGGACGAGAGCGAAGCUGGAACCACGGCCGAGCCUAGUGGACCGGCGACCGAUGCUGCUGAUGACGACGACCGCUCGUGGGUGCCUGUCGAUCUGCAAGGCAAGCCCAAGUCCGAGUUUACUCGAGCCGACAAGAAGCGGUACGCCAAGGCCAAGCGCGACUUUCUGGGCAAGGACGAGUACGAGCGCCGGCUGCGCGAGCGGCGGUCGCGCAAGGAGGAGGCGGCGGACGAGAGCGAAGCUGGAACCACGGCCGAGCCUAGUGGACCGGCGACCGAUGCUGCUGAUGACGACGAUCGCCCGUGGGUGCCUGCCGAUCUGCGGUACAAGCCCAAGUCCGAGUUUACCCGUGCCGACAAGAAGCGGUACGCCAAGGCCAAGCGCGACUUUCUGGGCAAGGACGAGUACGAGCGCCGGCUACGCGAGCGGCGGUCGCGCAAGGAAGAGGACGCGGUGAACGAGAGCGGUGCGAGCGCCGAGGCCGACCUGGCGGCUACACCGGAAGUCGCCAAGCGGCCCGAGCCGGCGACGCUGACCCGCAAAGCCAAAGAAGACCGGUCGUGGGUACCUGCGGAUCUGCGCGAGAAGCGCAAGGCCGAGUUCACUCGCGACGACAAGAAGCGGUAUAACAGGGCGAAGCGCGACUUUCUGGGUCGCGAGGCCUACCAGCAGCUCCGAGCCAACAAAAAGUCCAAGUCGGACUCGCUCGGCGAAGUCGGCCCGGUGGUCGACAGGACGGAUCGCUCGUGGGUGCCCCAGCACCUGCGCGAGAAGCCCAAGUCGGAGUACACGCGCGAUGACAAGAAGGCGUAUAUGCGCGCCAAGCGCGAGUUCCUGGGCUCGGAUGCGUACGAGUCGCUCAAGGCGUCACGAAAGGAGUCGCGAAAGGAGGGCGAGAGUGGUACUGAAGCGCCUUUGGCGACCGCAGCUUCCCCCACCUCCGAGGAGGAGUUGACCCAGGCGCCGCCGCCGGCGUUGGGUGCAGACUCGGACUCGGACUCGGGCUCCGAGGCUAGCUCCGAGGUUGUGACCAAUUCGGCUGUGCUCGCGGCGCUGGACAUCACCCGGAAUGAGGUGCCGGAGUGGGUCCCUCUCCACCUGCGCGACAAGAAGCGGCGUGAGUUUACAGCCGCCGAGCGGGCCGAGUACCUGGCUGCGCAGCGUGAGUGGCGCGAGCAGCAGCUAGCUCUCGACGACGAGAGGGAUCGAAAGGCCGAGGCAAAGGCAAAGGCCGAGGCAAUGGCAAUGGCCGAAGCAAAGGCAGAGGCAGAGCCUGGAGCGGAAGCCAAACCUCAGCCCAAGCCCGAACUCAAGCCUGAAGCCGAGGCGCCCAGGUCACCGACGCGCGCCGAAGUGCUCGACAAGGCGCAGCGCGACCGGUCGUGGGUGCCUGCCGAUCUGCAGACCAAGCCCAAAGCUCAGUUUACCCGCGAUGACAAGAAGCGGUACGCCAAGGCCAAGCGCGAGUUCCUCGGCGAGGAGGCGUACCAGGAGCUGUUGAGAGCAAAGCGGGCUGAGCUGGAGGCUGCCAAGCUGCAGUUGCCGGCGGCAGAAGUCUCUUCGGUGGAGCCGACCGAGGCAUCGCCGACCAAGGCCAAGGCAGGCCGCGACAAGUCGUGGGUGCCCGAGCAUCUGCAGGGCAAGCCACGGUCCGAGUUUACUCGCGCUGACAAAAAGGCAUACAACCGUGCCAAACGCGAGUUCCUUGGCGACAACGAGUACCGUCGUCAGCGGGAGCGGCACCGGUCGCAGCGGAGCACCAAGGACGAUGGUGAGAGCUCGUCGCGGCGCGACCGGAUCUCGCUCACCAAGGAAGAGCAGCGCGAGGCUACCAAGGCCGACCGGUCAUGGAUUCCAGACAACCUGCGAAACAAGGCCAAGUCCGCCUUUACCGAGGAUGACAAGAAGGCAUACGUCAAGGCCAAGCGGGCGUUCCUGCGCAACGUGGAGCGGUCGCGCAACUCGAACCGCGAGUCGUCGGACAGCGCGUCUGAUAGCCACAACUCGGGUGUGGACUCUAACUCGAGCGCAAGUGCAAGCGCAAGCUCCAGCUCGAGCCCCGGCCCAGAUAUCGGCUCCGGCUCGGACUCGAGCGGGUCGGAGGCCGCGUCGGGCUUGGCGCCCGCCGGUGGGCGUGGAAGUGCGCGGUCAGCGGCCGCCGGCGUCAACAGCUCGCAUCUGGCGCCGACCGAGGUCGAGCUGGCCGAGGCGCGAAUUGCCGAGCUGGCGGCUAGGUUGGAGGAAGUGUCGUCGGACGACGAGGGCGAGGACGAGGCGUGGGUUCCGCGCGACUUGGUGGGCAAGCCCAAGGUCGACUUUACGCGAGCCGACUUUCAGCGGUACUUCCGCGCCAAGCGCGAGGCGAUGGGGCCUGCCGGCUACGAAGCUUACCGGCGAAACCGGCAGCUGAAGCGGGCACAGCGGAUGGAGGACUGGCAGGAGCUCGAGCUGCUGCGGCUGUCAGUGGCCGAGGGCGGCGACAGCACACUGCUAUCGCUUGGAACGACCACUGCGUCGACCAAGGAGCACGCCGGGUGGGUCCCGCUGCACCUGCGCAACAAGCCGCGGUCGCAGUUUACCCGCGAGGAUAAGAAGGAGUACGCGCGGGCCAAGAUGGAGUUCUAUGGGCGCGAUGAGUACGAGCGGCGCAAGGCUGCCCAUCGGGCACGGCGCGCCGAGCGGGUGGCGGAGGAAAAGGUGCUGCGGCGGGUGGACAAGCCAUGGCUCCCACUCGCGCUAGAGGGCAAGCGCAAGUCUCGGCUGACGCGCGCAGAGCGCGCAGCGUACAACUCAGCCAAGCACGCGUCGAUGAGCGAAGCCGAGUACGCGCGGGCCAAGGGCGAGCAUGUCAUCCGCAAGAUGCGGCGUCGAGCCGCGCCGCGCGAGUCGAUGAUUCAGUCUGCCCACGUGGCGCACGGAACUGAGCAAGAGCUCGCUGCCCAUCAGCGGCGCAAGCUCGAGGCGCGGGCCAAGGAGCCAGCUAUCACCGGCUUUGUCCACACGCGGCCGAGUGUGGCGUACUCUGUCGAGCGGCAUGGCGUGCGGCCCGAGCCGUUUACCGUUUUCCACGGCGUGCUCUCGGACGACCCGCGGACGGUGGAAACGGUGCCACUUGCGACCCGGUUUACUGUCCUCGAGGCUGAGGGCACGCAGUACGUGCCUGUGGCUGUCAAGCGCAAGCGGCACGGCCUGCAGUACUGCCUCAUCAUCGGGCAUGCCCGCAAGAUUCGGUUCGAGGUGGCGGCGGCACCGCCGGCGGCGGCAGCAGGCGCCUCAACGUCGCUCGGUGGCCCGCUCAAGGUUGCCGCGUGCGCCGGAGUCUAUGUCUCGCCGCUCGCCAACUUUGACCCCGAGGAUCACUUUGAGCUGCCGGUCGACACGUUUGAGCCGCGGAGCGGUGGCAAGGACGGCGUCGCAGCCGUCGUUGCCUCGCUCUCGGUCCAGUCGGAGCGGCGGCUCUUCCCGCGCGGCCCGUGCGGCGACUCGGAGCGGUAUGUGUUCUCGAUCGCCGUCGACGUCAUCUUUGAGGGCAUCCUCGACCCGGUCCGGUUCACGCUCGCGGUGACUGCCAAGGUCUAUCCCUCGUACACCAAGCGGACUGCGGCCAAGAAGGUGGUCUUUAACGCGGCGCGCUCGGCGCACCCGUACUACCAGCUCCUCUCAGCCAAGCCAUCGUACUCGAUCGUCCCGUACUCGCUUAGCGUCACCAGGCACCUUGUCCACGACGGCCUCCGUGAGGUCAUUGGCCUUGCCGCCGGCUUUGAGUAACCUUUUUGCCUUGAGGCACACAAUUGAAUGUCAUCCAUG